AUGGCCCUUAACCGAUGGUUCAUACCAGAUAAAAGCGGUUCCAGGAAGUACCUUUGCGAUUGUACCGGUUAUGAACUCUCAUGGACAGCUGGCCACCGAAACGCAUCCAUGGAGGCAAUCUGUCUCUUCGCAUCUACAACCGGGCAAAUCGGAUACCACGUCAUGCCAAAUGUGGCAGUCGUGAUGGUCAAUUUCAACAUGACAAAGCGGAAACAUAUACCUACCAUUCUUCCACUGCUCAGCUCGUGGCUUCAUGGGAUAAGAAUCAAGGACUUCGGAACUCGCAAGGCGAGGUUAACUUGGCUGUACAAUGCAAUCAAUAGCGAACAUAUCAUCGGAAAAUGUAUCAAUGCCAACGCGCAGAGAGGUCAGCAAUUCAAUACCUGCAAGACUUGGUACGAUGAAACCUGUGAAGAGGUCAUGCGUACCCAACGAAUUGGGACUAUCUCACCACUUAUCAGGGACAGAUUGUCUCAAGAUGAGUACGAAGUUCUCUCUGCCGGAAUAAGCUCUCAGCCACAAGUCUCAACUGCAAACAACACAUCUAGCCCGGAGAGUACUCGAUUCGCUAAAACAAGAGGUGCUCGACCUUUUUAA